UUGAAGAUUUAUUCUUCAAUAUUUUUGUUGUUAUUUGCGAAUGAAAGUGGAUUUUUAAAUUGAAGAAAGAUCGUGAAUUUUUUCGAAAGGUAAAAGCAAAUAAUGAUGGCCAUCACAGAAGAAAUGCUGUUAAUUGGCGAGAACACGAGUAUAAGAAUAAACAGCGAUCCAGAAAUAAACGUUUACGAAUUGGAUAAUAAUAUAAAUGGAACUUUCAUCUACAAUCAAAGUAACUAUCAUCUGUUUUAUAAUGAUUCUAUGUCAGAAGAUUACAUCUUCGAUAGGACCGACGUUAAAGUGAUUUUUAUUUUACUCUACACCGUCGUUUUCGUUUGCUGCCUUUUCGGUAACCUAAUGGUAAUUCUGGUGGUGACGUUUUCCCGUCGCUUACCCAACAUCACGAAUUUUUUCUUGGCAAAUUUAGCAGUGGCAGACUUCUGCGUCGGUAUAUUUUGCGUCUACCAAACUCUGAUAAAUUAUUUGAUGAAUAGUUGGCGAUUAGGUAACUUUCUUUGCAAAGUUUAUAUGUUUGUCCAUGCACUUUCAUAUACGGCAAGUAUUUUGAUACUGAUGGUUGUAUGCAUCGAGAGAUAUUUGGCAACGGUACACCCAAUAAAAUGUAAAUCGAUGUUAACGAGAAGUCGUUUAAGAGCAGUCAUUGGUAUCAUUUGGAUAAUAGCAGCAUUUUAUGCAUCACCGAGAUUUAUUUAUUUCGAAACAAUAAGCAACGAAUUGAGCGACGGUGACGUUGAUAUCAUCUGUGGACCCAAUAUGAAAAAAUACAAGAAACACGUCAUCGAUGCAGUUAACUUUAUCUUCCUUUAUCUUCUACCACUCGCACUGAUGUCCUAUCUUUACACUAAAAUUGCUGUACGUCUAUGGAGAAGCGGUGUUGCUCUCGGUGGACCUGGCCUAGUAGCAAAAACUAAGAACGGUAGAGUUCAGCAUAUCCAUACUUCCUGCAGGAAGGUUCUUAGAACAAGACGUGGUGUCAUAAGGAUGCUGAUUGCCGUAGUAGUACUUUUCGCACUUUGCAAUUUACCGCAACAAGUUCGCAUAAUUUGGCUACACUGGGGUCCAAAUUACGACCGAACUUCGAAUUUUACAACUCUCCUGACCGUAUCGACUUUCUUGAUAUCUUAUACGAAUUGCUGUUUGAAUCCAUUUCUCUAUGCCUUCCUAUCGCGUAACUUCCGUCAAGGAAUGAGAGAAAUUCCUUGUUGCAAAGGUAAAGGAGAUCGUGCAGCAGGUGGGUUAGCUUUAACUGGUUGUGCUAGUGGCGAAACAACAAGACAAGAAAAUGGGACAAGCGGGAAUCUCAUUCCGCAUACUAUACUUGUACGAUUGAGUUCGGUACAAGAGAGUCCUUGUACAACACAUACUAUACCGAGAAGGAAUACUUACGAGAAGAGUACCUAGUGGCAUUCAUUUCAAACACGAAUAUUAAUUUCAUUUAUCUAAUUGAGUGUAAUUAAAUCCAAUUUGAAUUUUAAUAACGUAAGAGAUAUUUAUCAGUUUUUAAAAAAGAAGAAAAUAAAAGAAACACCUCUGAAAAUGAUCUAAACAAAAAGAUCUAUCCAUAAUAUAACAUAGAUCUCAUGAAAAAAAAACAAAUGAAUUUCCGUUACAGAAAAAGAUGGGUAUUUUAGUAAUAGCACUAAAUAAAGUCAGAUUGAUUUAUAAAUCGUGUACUAUCAAGUAUCUGAAUUCGUGUAAUCGGAAGUUAACCUUAGAAAGGGAAGAUAAUGUCAUCGGUAUGUGAUAACGAUAAUGCAAUGAAACUGUUACGAUCACGUAAAGCCAUCAUUUGUUGUUCAACGAAUCAUUAAACUUUUUUAUUUAAAUACGGAUCAAGAAGUGAUCCGGAAUUUCUUUAAGUACUUGUCAACGUCCUACCUUAAAGAGAAUACCUUCCUACCUACCGACAGAAAUAAAUUUCCUAUAUGCUAGAACAUUUGCACGAAUAUUUGCAUAGAAUGUAUAUGUAAUUCAUACGAUUUACGUGUCAACUGCCCAUAUACCAUCUACCACCACGACUACCUUACAAUAAGAACGAAUUAGGAAUAGGCUUUUGAGCUUUUAUUACAUUUCAAAUAUCUAUUAAAUAUGUAUAAUUAAAAAAAUUAAUACUUUCAUUGAAAAAAUAAUACAACUCUUUUCAAAUAAAUCCAAAUCAGGAAUGGAAGUUUAAGUUUUUAUUACAUUAAAUGUGUUUGGUAACAAAAAAUAUUUUUAUUUAAAGAAACAGCUCCUUUCAAAUAAGUCUAAAUUAGAAAUAGGAGUUUGAAAUUUUAUUAUAUUAAAAAUUUCCAUUAAAUAUAUAAAGUAAGCUUUUAACUUAAAAAGCAGCUCCUUUCAAAUAAGCAAGAAUUAGGAGCAGAAAUUGAAGCUUUUAUUACAUUAAAAAUAUCUAUCAAAUAUGUUGUUAUACAUAUAGUAAUAAAAUAACAUUUACUGAAAAAAAGAAAAGAUUAUGUGAAAGACAGAGAGAUAGAGAGAGAAAAUAGAUAGAU